AUGGGUUGGAAACUGCUUUUGACCCUUGUGGUCACAUUGUCCUCUAUGCUUUCAGUCUUCGGUGCUCCCAGCACUUCGUUGGGGCUUGGUAACCAAUCUACGGAAAAAUACGUGUUUGCUCACUUCAUGGUGGGCAUCGUUGGUAACUAUGAGCUCGAAGAUUGGAAAGUCGACAUGGCGGCCGCACAAUCCACUGGGAUCGAUGCAUUUGCUUUGAACUGCGCAAGUAUCGACACAUACACUCCUACUCAAUUGGCUCUGGCCUACAAAGCAGCUGCGGAAAUUGGCUUCAAAGUCUUCAUCUCUUUUGACUUUGCAUACUGGAACAACGGAGACACCGCGAAAAUCACUGCAUACAUGCAGCAGUACGCGGCACAUCCUGCACAAAUGCAGUAUAAGGGUGCCGCGGUUGUGAGUACAUUCGUUGGAGACUCGUUUAAUUGGGAUCCAGUGAAGAAGGGCACAUCCCAUCCGAUCUAUGCACUGCCCAACCUUCAAGAUCCAGCAGAAGCUACGACGAUUGCUUCCAAGAGCGCCGAUGGCGCAUUCUCUUGGUUGGCUUGGCCCACAGAUGGAGGCAACAGCAUCAUCCCUGGGCCAAUGACUACCAUUUGGGAUGACAGGUUCUUCCAUUUCCUCGAAGGGCGAACAUACAUGGCUUCUGUCUCCCCUUGGUUUUCGACUCAUUUCAACACUAAGAAUUGGGUCUUCAUCUGCGAGAAUUUACCAACACUCCGUUGGGAGCAGAUGCUUUCCCUGAAGCCCGAUUUGGUGGAAAUCAUUUCUUGGAAUGAUUACGGCGAAUCUCACUACAUCGGUCCAUCUGAGCCCAAUCAUAGCGACGACGGUUCCUCACAGUGGGCGACUAACAUGCCUCAUGACGCUUGGCGUGAACUUUACAAGCCCUACAUCGCAGCCUACAAAUCGGGAGCAUCGGCUCCCACUGUGGAAGAGGACAAAUUGGUUUACUGGUAUCGCCCUACCCCCAAGGGCGUAGUUUGCACCGGAGAUUCCCUCGGCGCUCCAAAUGGCAUAAGCAUGUUGAGUGACAGCAUCUUCGUCGCGACUAUGUUGACAAGCCCGGCUACCUUGACUGUUCAGAGCGGCAACAGCAGUCCUGUUAGCAUUAACGUUCCGGCGGGAAUUACAACAUCGAACGUGACUAUGGGUGUGGGUGAUCAGCGAUUUACCCUCACUCGAGGCGGACAGACCAUUUUGAGUGGCCGAGGUGGCCUAACAGUCCAAGAUCACUGCACCCACUACAACUUCAAUGUGUAUGUGGGAUCGAUCUCUCGAAGCUCCUAG